AUGUACGCUAGUACACAUGUUCCCAUGUACGCUAAUACUCUUGUCCACAAGUACGCUAGUACUCCUGUUCCCAAGUACACUAGUACUCCUGUCCCAAAGUACGCUAAUGCUCCUGUCCCCAAGUACGCUAAUCCUCCUGUUGCCAAGUACGGUAAUACUCUUGUCCACAAGUACGCUAAUACUCCUGUCCACAAGAACGCUAAUCCUCCUGUCCACAAGUACACUAGUACUCCUGUCCCCAAGUACGCUAAUACUCCUGUCUACAAAUACGCUAGUACUCCUGUCCACAAGAACGCUAAUACUCCUGUCCACAAGUACGCUAGUACUCCUGUUCCCAAGUACACUAGUACUCCUGUCCCCAAAUACGCUAAUACUCCUGUCCCCAAGUACGCUAGUACUCCUGUCCCCAAGUACGCUAGUUCUCCUGUUCAGGUUUCAUGA